UUUUGAUUAAAUAUUCUUCUGACAGUGUUGACUAAUUAGAAUAAAUUAUUUUGUUAUAUUGUAUUCAAAAUGGCAAUGAAAAACAGAACAGGCCUUGCUGCUAUUAUUACAACUGUAGCUGCUUUCAUAUUUAUAAUAAUUGCAUUCUGCACUCCGUAUUGGUUGCAGAAUGACGAAAAAAUAGAUAAUCCGCAAUUCAUAAAAAUAGGAUUAUGGGAAGUUUGCUUUGUGAACUUUGAGGAUUUCCGUCACCAAUAUGAUUAUAAAUUUACGGGAUGUUGGUGGGUCUUCGAAGAAGAAUACUAUAUCAUACACGACUUUCUUCUUCCUGGAUUUUAUAUUGCAACUCAAUUUUUCUUCACUCUAUGCACUACAUUACUUCUGGUGGGUGUAUUUUUGACAUGGAUGUAUUGUUUCUGUAGUAGAAACCAUGAUAAAUAUAUACUCCUUCUUCUGAGCAAUGGUUCUAAUUUAGUUCUGGCCGGUGUUUUUGGAGUGAUUGCCUGUAUUAUAUUUGGAAUUAAUGGAGACAGAAGGGAUUGGAUGCCCAAUUGGCAACACAAUAGUCUAGGGUUUUCAUUUGCAUUUGCUUGCAUUGGUUCUCUGCUAUUGUUUCCAGCAGGAGCUCUGUUUUUAAUUGAAGCUAGAAGGGCUAAAUAUAGGCGGUUGAGGUCAAGUUACCCUCCAUCACAAUAUAGUGUAGAAAUGCCUAAACCUUCACAUACAGAUAUCUGAUUUCUCCUAGAAUCUCUUGACUAUUUUAUUCAAUAGAAAAUGGACUAUUCGAAAUACUGUUCAAUUUAAUUGACUAACAUGUCUUUUGUAAGUAUUAUAUCAGUUAUUUUUUAAUAGUAGAUACAACCAAAUCCAAUUCACAACUUGUUAAGUGUCAAAAACUUGAAUAAGUAUGCUAUAUCGUCGUACAAACUUUUGCAAAAUUUCUUUGAUAUACAAUCAUUUUAGAUUGUCGAGAUUAGAAUUUUAAAGUGAAAAAGAUGUAAAUAAAAUAAAUAUUUAUCAUAUCAGUUUUAUCUGUGACUAUUUUUCAAAUGAAAACAAGUUCAACGAAUAGAAACUGAAAAUAAAUUAUAGAAUUACUCAUUCUGCUCUAUGUUUUUUAAGAAUAGUUGUGGUUUGAAAUCACAAUUUUUAUUAUAUUAUUGAAAGUAUUAUUUCAGUAUUUAGAACUAAUGAAAAUGCAUGAAAUUUAUAUUGACAAACUUAUUUAUAUCUCUUAUUGAAUUAGUUGUUUAAGUUUGAAAUAUUUUUUGAUAUCACGUUAUUGAUUUAUGUGUAUUAUGAAAAUAUGCAUUUCAAAUGUGCCUGAUAAUUUUAUGCCGUCCAUUUUGAAUGAUUUGUAUACAAUAUAUUUUAUAUAAUAUUUA